AAAGCAGCUCAGAGCCGACGGGCUCUUUCAGGCACGGAGUCGGAACAGGAUUCUUUCACCCAGGCAUCUCCAGUGGGAUCCGCCAGCACAUCCAGCAGCACCAUGUGGGUGACCCAACUUCUGCCAGUCCUGCUGCUGCAGCACGUCCUCCUACACCUCCUCCUGCUUCCCAUUGCCAUCCCCUAUGCAGAAGGACAGAAGAAAAGAAGAAACACACUUCAUGAGUUCAAAAAGUCAACAAAGACUACUCUAAUUAAAGAAGACCCAUUACUGAAGAUAAAAACAAAAAAAAUGAACACUGCAGAUCAAUGUGCCAAUAGAUGUAUUAGGAAUAAAGGACUUCCAUUCACUUGCAAGGCCUUUGUUUUUGAUAAAGCAAGAAAACGAUGCCUCUGGUUCCCUUUCAAUAGCAUGUCAGGUGGAGUGAAAAAAGAGUUUGGCCAUGAAUUUGACCUCUAUGAAAACAAAGACUACAUUAGAAACUGCAUCAUUGGAAAAGGAGGUAGCUACAAGGGAACGGUAUCUAUCACUAAAAGUGGCAUCAAAUGCCAGCCAUGGAAUUCCAUGAUACCACACGAACACAGCUAUCGGGGUAAAGACCUACAGGAAAACUACUGUCGAAAUCCUCGAGGGGAAGAAGGGGGACCUUGGUGUUUCACAAGCAAUCCAGAGGUACGCUACGAAGUCUGUGACAUUCCUCAGUGUUCAGAAGUUGAAUGCAUGACCUGCAAUGGGGAGAGUUACCGAGGUCCCAUGGAUCAUACAGAAUCAGGCAAGAUUUGUCAGCGCUGGGAUCAUCAGACACCACACCGGCACAAAUUCUUGCCAGAAAGAUAUCCCGACAAGGGCUUUGAUGAUAAUUACUGCCGCAAUCCUGAUGGCAAGCCGAGGCCAUGGUGCUAUACUCUUGACCCUGACACCCCCUGGGAGUACUGUGCAAUUAAAAUGUGUGCUCACAGUACUAUGAAUGACACGGAUGUCCCUAUGGAAACAACUGAAUGCAUUCAAGGUCAAGGAGAAGGUUACCGAGGCACCAUCAAUACCAUUUGGAAUGGAAUUCCCUGUCAGCGUUGGGAUUCCCAAUAUCCUCACCAACAUGAUAUAACGCCUGAAAAUUUCAAGUGCAAGGACCUAAGAGAAAAUUAUUGCCGAAAUCCAGAUGGGGCUGAGUCACCGUGGUGUUUUACCACUGAUCCAAACAUCCGAGUUGGCUACUGCUCCCAAAUUCCUAAAUGUGACGUGUCAAGUGGACAAGAUUGUUACCGUGGGAAUGGCAAAAAUUAUAUGGGCAAUUUAUCCAAAACACGAUCUGGACUAACAUGUUCGAUGUGGGACAAGAACAUGGAAGAUUUACAUCGGCAUAUCUUCUGGGAACCAGAUGCUAGUAAGCUGAAUAAAAAUUACUGCCGGAAUCCUGAUGAUGAUGCCCAUGGUCCCUGGUGUUACACGGGGAAUCCUCUCAUUCCUUGGGAUUAUUGCCCUAUUUCUCGUUGUGAAGGUGAUACCACACCUACAAUAGUCAAUUUAGACCAUCCUGUAAUAUCUUGCGCCAAAACAAAACAAUUGCGAGUUGUAAAUGGAAUUCCAACACGAACAAAUGUAGGAUGGAUGGUUAGUUUGAAAUACAGAAAUAAACAUAUCUGCGGAGGAUCAUUGAUAAAGGAAAGUUGGAUUCUUACUGCAAGACAGUGUUUCCCUUCUCGAAACAAAGACUUGAAAGAUUACGAAGCUUGGCUUGGAAUUCAUGAUGUCCAUGGAAGAGGAGAUGAAAAACGCAAACAGGUUCUAAAUGUUACCCAACUGGUAUAUGGGCCAGAAGGAUCAGAUCUGGUAUUACUGAAGCUUGCUAGGCCUGCUGUUCUGGAUGAUUUUGUUAGUACAAUUGAUUUACCUAAUUAUGGGUGCACAAUUCCUGAAAAAACCACUUGCAGUGUUUACGGCUGGGGCUACACUGGAUUGAUCAAUUCGGACGGUCUACUACGAGUGGCACAUCUCUAUAUUAUGGGGAAUGAGAAAUGCAGCCAAUAUCAUCAAGGAAAGGUGACUCUGAAUGAGUCUGAAAUAUGUGCUGGGGCUGAAAAUAUUGUAUCAGGACCAUGCGAGGGAGAUUAUGGUGGACCACUUGUGUGUGAACAACAUAAAAUGAGAAUGGUUCUUGGUGUCAUUGUUCCUGGUCGUGGAUGUGCCAUUCCAAAUCGUCCUGGUAUUUUUGUCCGAGUGGCAUAUUAUGCAAAAUGGAUACACAAAAUUAUAUUAACGUAUAAGGUACCACAGUCGUAGCUGAUGUAACUGUGUCUGAAGCUUCCAAUAAUACAACGCUCUUUUAC